UCAGAUAUCAUUCUGCUCAAGCUGUGAUUGUGUGCAACAAAAUGGCAGAGGCCAUUUUAAAAGACCCGUUCUUUUGUUCAAUAUGCUUGGAUCUACUAACGGAUCCAGUGACUAUACAUUGUGGACAUAGCUACUGUAUGGGUUGUAUCAACGGCUGCUGGGAUCAGGAUGAUCUGAAAGGAGUCUACAGCUGUCCCCAGUGCAGACAUACCUUCACCCCAAGGCCUGUUCUGAACAGAAGCACUGUCUUGGUUGAAGUGGUGGAGAAACUGAAGAGGACAGGACCUCAAGCGUCUCCUGCUCACUGUUAUGCUGGACCUGAAGAUGUGGAGUGUGAUGUCUGCACUGGGAGAAAACUCAAAGCUGUCAAGUACUGUCUGGUGUGUCUUGUCUCAUACUGCGAGUCUCAUCUCCAGCCUCAUUAUGACUCGCUUGCCUUUAAGAAGCACACGCUGGUGAAAGCCUCCACACAACGACAGGAGAAGAUCUGCCCUCAUCAUGACAAACUGCUGGAGGUUUACUGCUGUACUGAUCAGCAGUGUAUCUGUCUGCUGUGUGUGAUGGAUGAACAUAAAGGCCAUGAUACGGUGUCAGUUGCAGCAGAACGGACUGACAAACAGAAACAGUUGGGUAAAAUACAGCAGCAAUACCACCAGAGAAUCCAGGAGAUGGAGAAGGAGGUACAGGAGCUUAGGCAGGCUGUGAAAACACUCACGCGCUCUGCACAGGUGACAGUGGAUGAGACUGACAGGAUCUUUAUUGAGCUGAUCCGCUCCAUUGAGCGAAGGCGUUCUGAGGUGAAGGAGCUGAUCAGAGCUCAGGAGAAGAUUGCAGGGAGUCGGGUUCAGGGACUCCUGGACCGACUAGAUCAGGAAGUCACUGAGAUGAAGAGGAGAGAUGCUGAGCUCAGGCAGCUCUCAAACACAGAGGAUCACAUCCAUUUCCUUCAGAGUUUCCAGUCACUCUCUGUCCCUCCUGGUUCUGAGGCCCUACCCAGCCCCACUUUCAAUCCACACAUUUCUUUUGAACGUGUGAAGAAAUUGGUUUCUGGACUGAAAGUGCAACUGGAUGGUAUCUGCAAGGAGGAAAUAGUCAAGAUAUCUGAAAAUGUGAUGAAAGUGCAAAUUGUUCGACCUCUGGAGCCCAAGACCAGAGAGGAGUUCUUAGAAUAUUCCUGCCAACUCACAGUGGAUACUAACACAGCAUGUGGAACACUGCAUCUGUCUGAGAAGAACAGCAAGGUGACAUGGAGUGAAGGGGAGACUCAAGCCUAUCCUGAUCAUCCAGACAGAUUUACCCACUAUGACCAAGUGCUGUGUAGAGAGGGUUUAUCUGGAAACUGCUACUGGGAGGCUGAGCUUCGAGGCUGGAUUACUGUGGCAGUCUCAUAUGUUGCUCUUGUGAGGAAAGGAGAGGCUAAUGAGUGUAGGUUUGGAGGUAAUGAUCAGUCUUGGAGUUUGGAAUGCUCUCCCACCAGUUGUUCUUUCCUUCAUGAUAAUGUUAAGACUAAAAUACGAUCCCAUUGCACCUCCAGAGUAGGAGUGUACCUGGACUACAAGGCAGGAACUCUGUCCUUUUACAGCAUUUCUAAAAAAGUGACCCUCCUCCACAGAGUGAAUAACACAUUCACUGAACCCCUCUAUCCUGGGUUUGGGGUUGGUUUGGAAUCAUCUGUGAGGAUAAUGCUUCCCAUGCAGUCAACAUGAUUUUUCUGUGUUUUAUAUAUAUUUCCACACUAUGAGGUUAGAAUAAUACUGUGAAAUUGUGAACUGCAUCUCA